AUGUUGUAUCUUCCGACCACGAUGUUUUUUAACGUUAUAAUUUGGUUUUGUUCCCCGAUUUGGACGAUUAUUUCCGGCCCGCCCAAUUAUAUAAUAUUAUCUACAAAAUUGUUACUGAUUUUUAUAGCCAUUAUUUUUUUUGGAAUUGUUAGAAAACAGCAUUUUAUACCAGCUAGAUUUUGUAUAGCAUUAAAUUUUAUACCUUUAGAAAUAUAA